AAGGUUGUUAAAACGAAACGGCGGGCGGAUCGAAACUGUUGACAGGAUGUUCAGCCCGCCUCAUUUCAUAAAAUAGAUCAGCAAGUCCUUUUACUUUUCUCGCCUGUAGCCAUAUGGUGACCCUUUCAAAGCCAUUCGCUUUAUAUUUGAAACGAUUUAGACUAUUUGUCUUUGAAGACUUGUCAAACGAAACCCAACUACAAAUGUGUGUACACACACAGUGGAUGUCAUUUUCAAAAUAUUCCAUUUAAAUUGCGAAAUAAUCUCAGCAUAACUCGUAAAACCGAAAGGUUUGAUGGCUUCGGUUGUCUCGUCAUUUCUGAGAUUCAUAAGUUUUUACAAUCAGUAACCUGGGUUAGCUUAAGCCAUUACAUUUAUUGUUUAGUCAUCUAAGUCGUCUUGAUUAACGGUUUGCAAUACUGCAUCAUCAUAAGGACUCAUUUUUCACGUUCAUCGAUUUAUCUGUUUAAUAGUUGGUUGAAACCUACAUGUAGUUUCGUCUUAUUGCCGACUCAUGUGGGUUUUCAAACUUUCGUCUUAUCCACUAGUAAUAGGAUCAACGAAUUUACUACGUUGAAUGGCUCGGUUACGCAAAGCAUAAACGGGAGGAGAUUCACAAAUGGUCUUUUAAGGAAUACAACUCUUCAUAUAUUCUUAAAAUGACAGUACACUGUCCAUUCGUACAUUUUACCAAUUCCAAAACUUAAGUUUAAACGACACUCUUACUUUAACACUCAGCAGAGGGACCUCACAAAGGUCUCUAGUGAGGUCUACGAAGCUUAUGUCUACUACACUAGUGUCUUUUUCUAUAAGGAGACUGGUCAAAGAUUUCGAAUCUGCCUUAAGGCCUUGUUAUCCCCUCACUAGAAGAAUAUUCCCUACAACUCGACGUGAAAUAACAGCCUGAAUAAAUUCUUCCACUUAUCUGACCACUAUACUAUUUAGGUAUCACAUUUUAGUGAGCAUUUCAGACUCGUCCUGACUGGUCACAUUGCUGCUAAUUGUCUCUCAAUUUUUCCUCUUACUGUUCCUCAAAAACGGUUUGGCGCUUCGUCAUGUAGUUUGAUUGAAUUUGUACACAACUGUCAUGUAUUUUGAUCUGAUUCAAGCAUUUCUUUAUGGUCUGUUAGUUGUCAUACCUCCUGUACUUUCAUCUGUAGGAGAUCAGACUCUUGUGUUUCAUGAAUGCAAUCAGAAGUGCAUAGAAGAAAUAUGUGAAUCUUCUUUGUCAAAUAGACAUAAUUACUGGGAUAAACACUUUAAUUCCUCUCGAGUUGUAAUUUUCGAGAACUCAAUUCUUUGGGAUUGCGAGUCAGAGUGUAAAUAUCGCUGCAUGUGGGAUACUGUUUCUGCACUUGAAAAAGAUGGUUGGCCUGUCCCUCAAUUUAACGGAAAGUGGCCGUUCAUUCGUCUCUGUGGUAUACAAGAACCAGCAUCUGCCAUAUUUUCCUUCCUAAACUUUGUGUUUAAUUGUCACAUGUUCAAUCAGUUCUACAGAUAUGUUCCAUACUAUACUCCUAUGUAUAAAACUUGGGUUAUGCAAAUUAUCUUUUCUAUGAACGCAUGGGUUUGGUCAACAAUAUUUCACACAAGGGACACAUCGUUUACUGAAAAAAUGGAUUAUUUUAGUGCACUUGCAUUCGUUAUUGCAUCUGUUAUGGUUCUACAUCGGAGAAUUUUCAAUCCAAAUCGACUUUUUACUAUCCUGUUUUCUGCUCUUUUAUUAGCCUUUUUUGUGAACCACGUAAAUUACAUGACUUUCGUUAAUUUUGAUUAUGGCUACAACUUAACUGUCAACAUUUCAUUCGGUCUAAUAAAUUGUUUUGGCUGGUUAUUCUUCUGCGUUUACUUUUGUGACUAUAAAAGACAACCAUAUAUUAUCUAUUGUUGGUUAGCAGUUACAUCCUCUAUGGUUUUUAUGCUGCUAGAAUUAUGCGAUUUUGUACCAAUUGGUUGGAUAUUUGAUUCACAUGCCUUAUGGCAUGCUUCUUCCUUAUUAAUAAUUAUUCCUUGGUACAAAUUUAUUAUUGGUGAUUGUCUUUAUCUAUUGGGACAAGCUCCUUCAAAAAGUAGACCGAAAUUCAACCAUUUGUCUGUUUAAGAAAUUAGUAUAAAUAGUGAGCCAUGCUGUGAUUCUCUAACAUUUUUCCGAUUACUUUGCGUUUAUUUUUGUUUUGUGGUUCAUUUAUACUAUGAUUUUUUUAUUUCAAGUAUCGUAAUUACUUUGUUAUGACCAUUUGUCAUUUUAGUCCAGUUAAAGGUUAACUACGCCUUUUAAUCAAAUGUACAGCUUGAUAAUAAAUUUGUUGCGUUGUUU